AUGGGAACUGUUGAUCCACAAGAAUCAUUGUUAGUGGAACAGGAAACCCCUUCGUCCCCUAACAAGGUGCAAGAAUCGGCUGUAAAAGAUACCACGAAUGACGCAGAUAUGGGGACUGAGCAAGAACUGGAACUGGAAAAGACUGAGCCUGCAAUUAGCUCUAAUGGUCAACCCGCUGAAUUGAACGGAACAUUAGAGCCGAACCACGCAGGAUUGGCAGAUUCGGAUGAGAAUCUGUCGGAUGGUCCAAUGCCAACUCCUUCUGGCCCACGUUACCCAAUGACCGUCGCAUUCGGCCCACGAGGAGGUUGGUAUAUCCGCUGGUCGGACGGUACCUCUGGCUGGGAGCACCUUCCACCCACUCUCCAUGCAAAGCUAAACAAACGCAAUUCCACACUUCCGGGUGUCCGUCAGAUGGGAAUGUCGGAUAACAAUGAGUGGUUUGUGUCCUUUGAUGACGGAUCGUUUGCCACAUCUGGGUUUCCCCCACGCGGACGACUCUUUGAUGCACUUCAUAAUGACGCCGAUGCAGAUGUUACAAAUCUCGUCUUUGCGCCUGGCGGUGGAUGGCUAUUGACCCGAGAAGAUGGGACAUCUGUCUGGGAGCGACUACCGAGCGGUUUGAGCGAUCUCUUGAAGCGAAGAUCCAAAGGCGAUCCGCCUGUCGAUUACGUGGCCAUAUCCAAAUUGGGAGGCUGGUUCAUCCGAUUUGAGGAUAGAGAAUGCGAAUGGGAGGGAUUACCCCCUCGGCUUGAAAAAAUUCUGAUCCAGACCAUUCGCAAGAGCCCCAAACAUUUGAUUGUCGGCCUUUCGCCGGCUGAGAUGAACGGUUACUUUAUCGCCGUAGGAACAGCAUAUGAUACCAAUAUUGAGCAUCCCAACAUGCGCGCAGCUCUGGCGUGGGCUAGAGAGGAGACCACUGAAGAUGGCAGUCCGGUGGCACAACCCGAGAUGAACAUUAAUUAUACCGUGCCUCUUCCCAGUGCGCCCGUCGCUAGUGAAGAAUUUGAAGAUUUGUUUCGGCAUGCUGCGGGUGGUGAUAAUAGCUCUACAUUUGGGGAUAAUGGUGGUCAGGACCUGGAUGAUGACGUUGUUUCAUCCAUUGGCGGCGGCGGCUCGGUUGUCGAAGUACAGCUGCCGUCCGGCUCAACUCGCUCGUCAUCCCUGAGCCUCCUUACUCCCAACUUGGAGUAUGCACAGGUUGACGGAAACGUGGAGGCUGAAGAAGGAGGACGACUCCUCCUUCGUGCAGCCUCUGGCACUCUCAACACUGCCCCCACACAGAGCAAGAGUAGAUGGAGUCUAGGCACCUCCAGCACAAGUACUACUUCUCCUGCUCCCGCCCCAGCCACGGCAACAGCUGGCCUCACGUCGUUUUUUUCGUCCAUGUCCUCGGUAUUUUCAUUGAGCAGUGGUCCCAAGAACGAAACUGCGCGUGGACGGUCCGUAACGAGAGGCGAUGCAAGAGCAGUGCCAAACAACAAGAAUUCCACAUCGCCAAACCAACAAAGUCGUGCUGAGCACGACGAAUAUGAUGGCGAAACAGAUAUGAUGCUAGAUCGUGUGGCUCAAGUCAAGGGACAAAUACAAGAAAGAACUCACCCGGUUUUCCAAAACCUCGACACCCUCGCUUACCAAUUAACCACCACCCGCAACGCCACAACCGACCAGCUAGCCGAAACCGAGUACUUUGUCCUAUACGCUGAAGGCUGGCUAGAAGCCACUGACCCCUCCCCGCUGCCCAACCCAUGGCUCAACGGCUGGGUAGAAGGCAAAUACGGCUACAGCAUGGACGAAAUCACGGACGCCAUCCAACACUACAAAACCCCUACCAAAACUAGCAACCAAGAACAAUCAACCAUUGACCACCACCUCGCCCUCAGUUACAUUUACGAAGCCCAAUUCCGUCAAUCCCUCCUCCCCCAACGCUCCAACUCCAAAAGCCCUAAACGCGAUUCCGGAUUCGGAUGGGACCAUUCCUCCCCUUCCUCCACCCAUGACACCAUUAUCUUUUUGGAUCCCUCCACCCUAUCUUAUACGACCCCCACUAUCCCCGAAACACUCGUCAAUGGUACAUCCCUCUACCACCUCGUCACGGACCUAACUCGCAACACCCUCUCCCAGGAUGAUAUACCCCCCCUUCGUGUCUUUGACAAUAAUGGGUACUGGACGUUGGAUAAUCAACAACUGUGGGUUGUUCAAAAGGCGAAAUGUAAGCAGGUCAAAUGUAGUGUUGUGGAUGUGCCUGAGGAUUUACGAGAGUGGAUUCAGAGUGGACAGGGCAAAGAUGUGGUGUUGGUUGAUCAGGGUGUUUGA